GGCAAUUAUUGAUGUCCGUCUCUUCGGCGAGACGAGUUUAUAGCUAAAAUAUAAACGAAAAACUAUCUUUUGUUAAAAGCAGGGGGGGAGCGAUCGAUAUAUACGGACGUAUAUACUAGUUUCCAAAAGUUUGCCCAGCGAGCUAUUCUUCACUGGUGAGUGAAGUUUCAGAGCUUCUAGAUACAAACACAAGCAGAACCCAUGUCUUUUCUGCGUUGGGUGUCCGAGAAGCUGAGCGUGGAGAGCCUGAGGGACCUGGAGCUCUUUGGAGAGCAAGCUCAGGGGAGCUCUCACAGGAAAGCCCAUGAAGAUAGCAGCGAAUCCCUGACUUCCCUCCCUCGCCGGGACACCAUGGGGAGCUUCCUGCCCGACAGUUCGUCUUACGAGCUCCUCACCAUCAUUGGUAGGGGAUUGGAGGGCCUGAUGACGGUGAACCUUGCCAGAUACCAGCCCAUGGGCGAGCAUGUUGCCAUUCGCCGCAUUGACCUGGAGUCCUGCACAAAUGACAUGGUCAACUACCUGGAGGGUGAGCUCCAUGUGUCCAAGCUAUUCCAUCACCCUAACAUACUACCCUACAAGAGUGUCUUCAUAGCAGAGAAUGAGCUAUGGGUAAUAACUCCCUUCAUGGCUUACGGUUCCGCCAGAGACUUGAUCAGCACCCACUUUACGGAUGGCAUGAGUGAGCUGGCCAUUGCCUAUAUCCUGCUGGGUGUCAUCAAGGCCUUAGAGUACAUCCAUCAUAUGGGCUAUGUGCACCGCAGUGUGAAGGCUAGCCAUGUGCUGAUCUCCGCCGAUGGCCAGGUUUUCCUGUCAGGCCUGCGCAGUAUCUUCAGCCUGAUCCGCCAUGGGCAGAGAGCCCGUGUUGUCCACGACUUCCCCCAGUACAGCGUCAAGGUACUUCCCUGGCUCAGCCCAGAGGUUUUACAGCAGAAUCUGCACGGAUAUGACUCCCGCUCCGAUAUCUACAGCCUGGGGAUCACUGCUUGUGAGCUGGCCAAUGGACAUGUACCCUUCAAGGAUAUGCCAGCCACCCAGAUGUUGCUCGAGAAGCUCAAUGGGACUGUGCCCUGCCUGCUGGACACUAGCACCAUCCCACCAGAGGAGCUCAGCAUGAAGCCUUCACGCUCGGGUGCAGACUCGGGCAUCUGUGAGGGCCCAGGGGCACGUCCCUCCAAUGGGGAGCCCUCUUCUUCCUCCUCAGCUGCCCAUCCAUACAACCGCACCUUCAGUCUCCACUUCCAUGCCUUUGUAGAACUCUGCCUGCAGCGGGACCCUGCAAAAAGGCCCUCUGCAAGUGCACUCCUUGGCCACUCCUUCUUCAAACAGAUUAAACGCCGACCCUCGGAAGCGCUACCGGAGCUUCUACAACCUGUGUCCCCGAUCACCAGCUUUGAGAGCGCACAGCAGCUUGAUUCUCCACCUGGACUGGCUAGCUUGGAGUCCAGCCUCAGCCACCUGGAGGUAGAUGACUGGGACUUCUGACAACAGAGAGGAAGGGCACUUCAACCCACUACUGCCCUUACCUAGUCAAAGACUCGUUUUCCUUAUUUUAACCUUUGUAAAUAUUAAAAGACGAGCUAAGGGCUUUUCUUUCCAACUGUAACAAGGGAUUUGGUGAGCUCUGGGACCUUUGCCAAUGCUCAACAGCUUCAUGUCUGUCCAAAGUCAGAGACCAACUAGAGCACUCGGAGAAACUGUCAAAGCCUGGUCUCAAAAACUUCAUCAGAUUGGUCAUGUGGAUUGAAGACAACUGUUUCUCACUAUCAAAGUCUUUCCCAGUAAUGGGGUUAAGUUCUCUGUAGAGAAGAUUUUUUUUUUUAAAAAUGGUUAAAGUCUUUUGAAAGGUUUUGUCAUACUGAGGACUGCCUGCCUCACCCAGCAGAAUUUUGUUACACUUCCUAGCCAAUUUGGGAAUUUGUUUUUGGUCACACUUUCAUCAAACUGGUGCACCUUGUCCACAUCAAGGAAAAGUCCAGUGAUGGGACAGUGGGCUACAGAUACUUGAACAUUCAACAGUUAAUGGUAUAAAACGCUGAAACAUUUUGAAUUUUGUACUCUGGUUUGGUGCUUGAAUACCAAUCCUCCUCCUUUCACCCUCAUCUCCAUUUUCUCUGCAUGAAUGUCCCAGGCAUAUAGUAGGUAUAUGAAGGAAGUUCCCCCCCCCCCCCAAAAAAAAACUUGAUUUCAGCUGUUUCAGGUUAUAACAGCAUACAGAAAUGCAAGUUUCUUACUGGUGUCUUGUCACAAAAUGAGAAUGUUUCAACUGUAUGGCAGUUUUACCUGAUUAAAAAUCACAUGGGACCCCUGGGUUGCCUAUAAACUGA